CAAAACACAACUUCAGAGAGGGAGCCCGAUCAGCCGAUCCAUUGCCCAAGGCAUAUGGAAAAAAAGGAUGGGAAGAUCCACAUUGGAACAGACAUUUGGCUGCGAGAAGAGGUGUGGAGAAAAAUUGAUUCCACAACAAAGGACUCGCUCUUUGUGAAGGAGUUGGCUGUAGCCAUAUGGGGUACAGCAGAGUUAAUGGGAAGAAGUGUGUCUGGAAAGGACUGCCCGAGCAAAACGACCGAAGCAAAGCCUCCCUUAACCCCAUGCAAGCUUGGGACCGUAAAAGAGUGCUUCAGAGGAUGGCUGAUCAAGCAAAACAUGGAGAAGACCGAGAGGGAGAAGAGGGAGAAGUUGUCCGGUUACUUAAUUUCGCAAAAAAUACAGGACCUCUUGAAAAAGGGGAAGAAACAGUUGAAAUAAAAAUCUGAAGGAAUGGGUGUUUGAUGUUUUCCAAUUUGUAUUAAUGUUCAUGUUGUGUGUUAUAAAUGAUGUUCCUGCUUCUAAUCAUUUGAUGUAUGAGUAUUUAUUUACAGACAAUACAUUCUAUACAUUCUGGUAUACCUUUCUGGUAAGG